ACAACAGCAACAGCAGCAGCAACAACAACAACAACAACAUUCUAAUGCUAUAGCCGACACCACACACCAUACGCAACUGACGGCAGUGCAUCAAAUAACGCAUCAACAGCAUCAUUUUACAACACCAACUAUACCGGCUUUACCGGCAACAGCCGGUGUUGUAGUUGCUGUACCGGUACUGUCGUCAGCAUCUCAACCGUUAAUCAGUAAUUCGUUAGCUAUACGUCAAGAGAUACAACGCUUUGAAAGCGUGCAUCCAUCAAUUUAUGCCAUCUACGAUUUAAUCGAUUUACUACCCAUCACAGAUGCUCAAAUCGCUCAACAAAUCCGUGAUCAUGUAGUUUGCAUUGAAGAUUCCUUUGUAAACAGUCAAGAAUGGACGAUAUCACGUUCUGUGCCUGAUUUACGUUUGGGUAUAGUUGGUUCAUUGAACUCGGGUAAAUCUGCAUUAGUACAUCGUUAUCUAACCGGUUCCUAUAUGCAGGAAGAGUCGCCUGAAGGGGGACGUUUCAAAAAAGAAGUAUUCAUCGACGGCCAAAGUUAUUUACUAUUAAUACGAGAUGAAGGCGGCGCACCCGAAAUGCAGUUUGCUGCUUGGGUAGAUGCAGUCAUAUUCGUGUUUAGUUUGGAAAACGAAUCCAGCUUUAAUACAGUUUACAACUAUUAUACGAAAAUGGCGCAUUUCCGUAACGGCCAAGAACUGCCCAUGAUUUUAGUAGGAACUCAAGAUGCCAUCAGCGAGCGCAAUCCUCGAGUCAUCGAUGAUUCAAGAGCAAGAAAAUUGGCUGCCGACCUAAAACGCUGUUCUUACUAUGAAACAUGUGCUACUUAUGGCCUGAAUGUGGAAAGAGUUUUCCAAGAUGCUUGCCAAAAAAUCUUAUCCCAACGCCUACCUUUACCCGCCAACGUAACCUCGAGACCCACAACCCCACAAGGUACCCGCCUGGGUAUUGCCUCGUACCAUCACGGCUCAUCAUCAACCGCACAGAAUGGCACCAAUGCGAAUGGUUUCUCACCUUCAUCAUCAACCAUCCCGAACAAUACCUCAGCGAACUCACAGGGAGUAGUCGCGUCAAACAGUAAUUUAUCUUUACCGCACAGACACCACGUACUAUCGAGUUCCACUCAUCACAUACCAAUGCGUAUAAGUGCUGAUUUUGUACACAAUGAACAACAGCAACAUAGUUUACCUCCUCCGGGCAAUAGUCAAAAAGUUUGGCAAUCGCAACAACAGCAAGCGCAACCGGAUCAAUGCGUACAACACGUUCAACUACGUGAACAUCACCGCAACCGUGACCGCGAUUUUUCCCUAAGCAAUGAUAAUAACAACGUUACAAAAUACAAUCCCGGUGUACAGAACAGCAGCAACGGCGGCGGUAAUGGAGGUAGUAAUAAUUUGCACAGUGAGCAAUUAGCUCCUUUGUCGCUAGUGCCUUUGCGUGAUAAAGAUACUAAUCCAGGUAGUGGAGGUAAGGAUUUGCCAACUCCUACAUCAACGCCUACCGCCAGUCGUAAAUCGCGACGUCGCUCUAACCUUUUUAUACCAUCAUCUUCGAAAAAGGGUGAAAAGGAUUUAAAAAAUGGUGAACUGGGUAGUGGUCGUUCUAUUCCUAUUAAGCAAGGUUACUUGUACAAAAGAUCGAGUAAGUCAUUAAAUAAAGAAUGGAAAAAGAAAUACGUUACAUUAUGCGAUGAUGGCCGUCUCACUUAUCAUCCCUCUCUACAUGAUUAUAUGGAUGAUAUACACGGUAAAGAAAUACCGCUUCAAUAUGUUACAGUUAAAGUACCCGGUCAGAAACCCAGAGGCUCUAAAUCUAUAAUAACUAACAGUGCUUUAACCACAUCCAUGUUGUCAACCAAUAACGCUUUCGAGACGUUGAAAGAACCUGGAGUUAAAUCCAACUCUUCUCAACAAACAAGUGGUGAUGAAGGCAUUGCCAUGUCAAACUCCAAUUCCCAAACAUUUAUAGCAGGCUCAGUGGAAAGCUCGCAACGCGAACUAUUGUCUGUUAAUGCCUCCAAUAAGCUUGAUUCUCAGACCCCAAAUGUGAAAAAACGUCACAGACGUAUGAAAAGUAGUAGCGUGAAGUCAAAUGAGAUUGAUGAUUCAGAUGGCUAUGAAUUCUAUAUAGUGUCUUUGGACUCGAAACAAUGGCAUUUUGAGGCGGCAAACUCUGAAGAACGUGACGAAUGGGUGGCCGCUAUUGAACAGGAGAUAUUCAAAAGUCUGCAAAGCAUAGAAAGCACGAAAAUGAAACCGGCUACUACUAGCGAGUUGGCUUCAAUGGUAACGAUACGUACACGUGUGCCAGGCAAUGGUUUUUGUGUAGACUGUGAUGCCCCAAAUCCGGAGUGGGCCAGUUUAAAUUUGGGUGUCUUAAUGUGCAUUGAGUGUUCAGGAAUUCAUCGCAACUUGGGUUCGCAUAUAUCCAAAGUUCGUUCAUUGGGCUUAGAUGAUUGGCCACCUGGCCAUUUGAGUGUUAUGUUAGCUAUAGGUAAUAGUUUGGCCAAUUCCGUUUGGGAAUCGAAUACCAGGCAACGCCAAAAACCGAAACCAAAUUCAUCGAGAGAAGAAAAGGAAGUAUGGAUACGUAGUAAAUAUGAGUUAAAAGAAUUUUUACCACCGUCUGGCGGUCUUAAUGCUACACCAGGCCAGCAAUUAAUAGAAGCUGUGAUAAGAUCGGAUAUGAAAUCAAUCGUAUUAGUACUGGCUAAUGCCACGGCCGAUGUCACUAACGCUAGCGUCAGUCCUCGGGAUGUAAGAACGCCGUUAUUACUGGCUUGUGCAAUUGGAAACUUGGCAAUAGCUCAAUUGUUAAUAUGGAACGGAGCCAAUAUAAAACAUACUGAUCAUGAGGGACGCACUUGCUUGGCUUAUGCUAAAGCUGCGCAAUCGUUGGCCACAGCAAAGUCAUUAAAGGCAGCCGCAGUCGCCGCUGCCGCGGUAGCUGCGUCCAACGCUACAUCUAACAAUUCUAGCGCCAGUAAUACAUCAUCCUCCUCAUCAUCUGUUUCGAAUGCAUCAUCCUCAGCUACCAUUAGUAAUACUACCACUAACAGCAGCAUGGGUGGCCCGCCACCAGUGUCUGGAAGUUCUUCUUCAACUAAUGGCGGCAUACCCGCCCCACACUACAGCGUUGAAGAGACCACAGCUCUAGUAGAAUUAUUAACUGGCCUAGGUUGCCCAGAUUCAGCUCCAUUAACAGCCAGUGGUACUCUGCCACGACGUCGUGAUACCUUAGGUACACCUUAUGAGAAAACGGUGUCCGGAGUAAUUUAAAGUUUAAAAGAAAUAAAGCAACAUUUGAUUUUGAGAGUGAGGUAUAGUUCUUUUACGCUUAGCUUUUCUUUCUUCAGAAACGCAAAAAAGGGAAAAUACGCUCAUUAAGUGAACUUAUAUUUUUUAAAAUUCUUAGAUAUAAUUGCGUUUUUUAACUUCGUGUGUUUCAUAAGAAAUCAGGUUUAAUUUGUAAUUGUAUUUUAAUAUUCGUUCCUUUUUUCUAAGAAAGAAAUUUAACUUUUAAUUUUAAUUACUUUGCUAAGUAUCGUGUAUGUUUUUCUUCAUAAAAAUAUUUUUGUUGAAUUGUUUUUAGAUUUUUCGUGUGCAUUUUAUAUCAACGUUAUGUGUCUAUUUUAUAAAAGAAUUAUUUAUUUGUUUGUUGAUAUUAUAUAUUUGUUUUACACUUUUACACAAUUAUAGGCGUAACAUUAGAUAUAUUAGACUUGCAUAUGCUUAAAAAAAAAAAGUCUUAUAUACAUGUAUUUCAUCAAAGGAAAGUUUGUCUGUUUUUUUCAAAUUCUUUCUAUUAAAUUCAAGUUCACAAUCCCUCACAUGCCUAAGAGGUCUCUACUAAAAAUUUGGAUGCAAAUAUUAGAAAUGUAUUGAUUAACUCUUAGAAAAAGAAUCGUGCCGCUAUUUUACUGUAUGAGAUGUAUUCGCGUAUAUUUUUUUAGCUAAAGGGUGCCACUAUCUUUAUGGUGGCAUAAUUGAGUAUAGUCACCCCCCAUUAAAAAUGAUAUUUACUUAACGAAAGAAAUAAGCAAGUUCUCUACAUUAAAAGAUUCGGUCUAUAUCGAAUGUAAUCUACUUGUUUGCAAUUAAAAAUAAUUUCUUUUGAACUAUCUCUGGUCAGCUUUUACGCAAUUAUUUGAUUUCAUUUAUUUUAGAAAAAUUUUCUUUAAUAAUAAUUUGAUGCAUAUUUUAAACAAAUAUU